ACUUUUUUAACUGUAAACUUCACCUUGAAUGAAAUUCGCCGAGGAGCUUGCAUAUCUUGAUAAAUGUAAGGAAUUAAAUUUUCAUAACUAUCAUUCAUAAACUCAUUAAUGCAUUUAAGUUAUCACUCUAUUGUUAUUUGUAAAAGUCAAUUGCUCUAGUCAAUGAUUAAAACCAAUGUUUAGGCCAUGUAACAGUUAUACGUAGAAUAGCUUGCGUAGUCGCCAUUUUAUUGUUGAAUUAUUAUGCUAUAAUAUUUUAACCGUAUCUAGAUUGGGAAAAUAAAAGAAGUUAAUAAAACAGAAAACUAUUGAUUUAGUUAUUGUGGCACUCAGUAUAUUUUAUAUUCUGCUUGUUAAAGUUAGCUAAUAAAAUGGCGGAUGCUGAUAUUGAUUUGUAUGCAGACGAUAUAGACCAUGAUUUCAAUCAAGACGGUGACUAUAAUCAUGAUACUAAUGUAGAUCUUUAUGAUGAUGUUAUUACUGCCCCAUCUGAUGAUCAUCAUAAUGAUGAAGGACGACCAUCGUCUGCUGGUAGCGGUGCUUCUCCGCACCAUUCCCGCCAUGGUGGUAAAAGAGUCGCCGCCUACGUUGGAAAUUUGACGUGGUGGACAACUGAUAAAGAUUUGACUGAAGCAAUGCAAAGUCUUGGUGUUAAUGAUAUUUUAGAAAUAAAAUUUUAUGAAAAUCGUGCAAAUGGUCAAUCUAAAGGGUUUUGUAUUGUUGCCCUAAGUUCUGAAAAUUCUCUCCGUAUAAUAAUGGAAAAAUUGCCAAAGAAAGAGCUACAUGGCCAAAAUCCUGCAGUGACUGCUUGUACUCGGCAAAAUUUGAAUUACUUUGAGCUGCAAUCUAGAAAAGGCGGGCAUGGUGGUGGGAAUCGUCACGAUAAUUCUAAUGAAAGGCGCAGCAGGGAUCGAGACAGAGAACGUGAUCGAGAUGGUAGAGAUAAUAGGAAUGAUAGUAGAGGUAUGCAACAAGAUCGAUCCAGAAAUCGUGGCAAUGCGAAUCAAGGAUAUCAGCAACAAAAAAUGCCUCCUGGGCCUCAUAUGCAACCACCUCCACAAGGACCACCUCCUCCACAAUAUCAACCUGGACGAACCCCGUGGAUGUCGGCUCCUCCUCCCCAAAUUCAAAUGCCUCCUCCACCUGGACGACCUGGAGCUCCUCAGGUGAACACUGGUGCACCUCCUCCACCACCGGGAUUGCAAGCUCCGCCACCUGUUAGACCUGGACCACCACCUCCAAAUAACUUGAGGCUCCCACCUCCGAGAGGUCCUUUGCCUCCAAUGGGUCCUAGAGGCAUACCUCCACCUGACACCAGGGGACCACCUCCUACAAAUGAUUGGGACCGUCAUUUAUCACAGCCUCCACCACAGCAUGUUGGCUUACCUCCACAACCUGUUGGACCGCCUAAUAGGCCUCCUCCUCCGGUUCCAGCUCCAGGGCAAGGUAUGCCCCCAGCAAUACCGCCACCUGCACCACCGAUUCCAAGUCCUCAUAUUAAUCCUGCAUUCUUUCACCAGCAAGGAGUGCCGCCUGGACUUGCUCCUGCAUCUCAAGCUCCAGACUUAUACAAUCGACCUCCUCCUGUUCAAUUCUCUGAUUAUAGAUCAAUCACUGACAGAGGUCCUGAACCUUCUUCAUCAAUAAGUGAUGCUGAAUUUGAAGAAAUCAUGGGUCGCAAUCGUACUGUGUCUAGUAGUGCCAUCGCUAGAGCGGUUGCUGAUGCAAGUGCUGGAGACUAUGCCAGUGCUAUUGAAACUCUUGUUACAGCUAUAUCUUUGAUUAAGCAAUCCAAAGUUGCGAAUGAUGAAAGGUGCAAAAUUUUGAUUAGUUCUUUGCAAGAUACGCUGCAUGGCAUUGAAUCUAAGUCUUAUGGUUCUCGAAGUAAAGAUAGAGCUCGUUCUCGUGAACGAGAGAGGUCGAGAGAGAGAUCUUCAAGAAGGGAAAAAUCAAGUCGUCGUGAUCGUUCACGAAGCAGAGAUAGAGAGUAUAGGGAUCGUAGCAGAGAAAGAGAUCGAUAUCACGAUGAUCGCUAUCGUGACAAAGAUAGAGAUCAUGACCGAGACCGUAGAAGCUCCCGACACUAAAUGUUUUGCUAUCAAAUAUGGCAUCUAACAGGCUGUAAACCUAAUCGUGAUGGAAGUGGCAAAGAAGGUAUCUGGCCCUCACCGGUUAGGAGUUGUUGAAGGUUAUCAAGGGAGAAAAAAUGAAAUUGUGUUACAUCCUCCCCAUGAGAAUUCAACUAUCAUUGGA